AUGCCCGGCAAAGUCACUCUACACACCUACUUCCGCAGCUCCUGCUCCGCCCGCCUCCGGAUAGCCCUCCACCUAAAAGGCAUUCCCUACACACCGGUAUACGUGAAUCUUCUGCAAAACGAGCAAUCAACCCCAGCCCACCUGUCCAUCAACCCAUCAGGCACAGUUCCAGCCCUAGUAAUCCAACACGAGACCAAGAAACCUGUAACAAUAAACCAAUCCCUGGCCGCCCUGGAAUACCUAGACGAAGCGUUCCCAGAAAAGGGACCCGCGCUGCUCCCGUCAGACCCGGAAACUCGCGCUACAGUGCGUACCCUGGCGAAUAUCAUUGCGUGUGAUAUUCAGCCAGUGACGAACCUGCGGAUUUUGAAGCGGGUUGCGUCGCUGGGUGCUGAUCGGGCUGGUUGGUCGAGGGACUUGAUUGUUGAUGGGUUGAGGGCUUACGAGGCUGUUGUUGCGGGGUCGGCUGGGAGGUUUAGUGUUGGGGAUCAGAUUACACUGGCUGAUUUGUGUUUGGUUCCCGCUGCUUGGGGCGCUGAGAGGGUCGGGGUUGAUUUGGGGUUGUUUCCGGUCAUUAGUGGGAUUGUUAGGAAUCUGGAGGCCGAGGAGGCUGUUAAAUUGGGACAUUGGAGGACGCAGGGGGAUACGCCUGAGGAGUUUCGGGUUAAGGAGUAG